GUCUACCUAUUUAGUGUGUAGUGCGAGAUUUGAGAGUUAAGCAUGGUCAAAUUUUUUUCCUCGCAAAGACAAGUAAGGCUUAUGAUAGUGAAGAGAGCUGAAUAGAAGGAACUUUAUCUUCUUUAUUAUCAGCUUCAUCAUUUUGGUGAGGCUGAGUAAAGAAGAAAAGGAAGAAGAAGAGGAAGAUGGCUACAGGUGAUGUGAAAGGAAGUCUCAGGAAGCUGCAGGCAUCUCUCAGAGCUGUGAAAUACCCACGAGAUGUUGAUUACCAGGGGUUAGCUAAAGGAGAUCCGUCAUGCUGCUUGCCCAUCGUGAGCUACACCUUCACCUCCUUCUCUCCCGCUGUGGCCGAGCACCUGGUGGAGUUUGGCGUCGAGCUCACAGGAAAAAACGACAUGAGCUUCAUGGAAUCUGUUUACAAGGUUCUGCGUGAUCUCUUCAGUUAUAAACCCUUGCUGACGAGGCAGCAGUUCCUGCAGUCCGGUUUUGCCGAGCGGAAGAUCGCUCUUCUCUGUGACAUCAUCGGCUUCAUCCUGGACAAACACAAACAGCUCACUAAAGGCACUAAGCCCAUCGGUCAGUUGAGAAUGAGGCAGCUGUCUCGCUCGAAAUCUGUGGAAUGUUCACCACCCAGAGAGACCCAAAGGACACCUGGCCAGAAGGUAGUUUCUAGCAGGUCGCUGGUCGAGAGACACCCGCUUCACCGAUCUCCAGCACACACCAGCUUCUCCUCAGACGACCAGCAGCUGCACGAAGAUCAGGACAAGAACGAGGAUGGAAGGCGGAGACCUCACAACAGAGAUGUUCCUUCACCUCCUGCUCACACAGAGUGUGUGUCGGAGAGCAGGCUGAGGGCGGUGGAGACGAGUCUUCAGCAGUGUGUGUGCAGGCUGGAGCAGCAGUUGAGCUCUCUGGACCUGAGAGUGCAGGCGCUGGAGAAGAGCACAGCUGGAACGAUCUGUAUAGAGCGCAGCGUGUGGGAGGAGCUGGAGAACCGGGUGCUGCUGCUGGAGACGGGGCUGACCUUAUCUCAGGAUCCAAUGAGCGGAGUUAGGAGUGUGGAGAUGAGCCAUCACCCUGAUGAGACCGAGCUGGUAAGUCGUUCGACUGUGGCACACCAGACCUCACCAGGCAACCGAUUAUCAUCGUCCUCAGAGGAGAAUAUUAAAGAGCGGCUGGAGAGAAUAGCCAGUAUGAUGAAGGACACAUCCAGCCUUUUAAAGAAUAUCGAGCCGACAAUAUGAGUUUAUAUGACUGAGAUGAUCAUGUGAUGUGUGUGUGUCACAUCAAAGUGAAUGUAGAGGUUAAAAUCCUCACCGCUGUAUUUAUUUAUACUCUUUAGUAGACAGGAUGUAGUUAUGAUUUAAGCUGCUUCGUAGUGAAUUUUCAUUAUGAUUAUGGUUAUACUUUUAAGCUCGAGUGCUUGAAAUGCAUUUCUCCGUUUCGGCUGAGGUUAAUUAUCGUUGAAGUGCCUUAUCCAGUAGAUGUCCCUGUAACGCUGUACCUCAUAUUAUCAUGCCUUUUCUGCCCCCUGUGGGCCGUGAUGUGUAUUAGCACAAUGUUCUUCAGCGCAGAGGUAAAACAUGAUGUGUUCCUUUUGUAUGCCUGUAUGCCUUUAUAUCCAGUAAAAACCACAGAAGUUUGUAAAA